AUGGAGUCCGGCGAUGUAGAUAUCCCUACAUACAAGCCCGUUGGUAAUGUUCAGGUGUCCCCAAAUUCUGGAAGGAGGACAUUUAUACCAGAUGUCGAUGAUUUGAUUAAACCUCAGAUGCAUAUGAUGUUUGAUUUGCUGGAAAAUGCCUUUCUUUUUUACCAAAGAUAUGCUAAGGCGGGAGGUUUCACAGCUAGGAAGGGUACUCAAUACGAGCCUCGAAAGGGUGUAAUACAUAAUAAAUGGUUCGUAUGCUCAAAAGAAGGUACUAAACCCUUAAAGGGGAUUGACUCGACUCAGGAAGCCGGUAGUUCUAAUGUUAACUCGAAGUCUAAGAUUACUCGCAGGGUUCCUUCUAUAAGGACCGGAUGUGAAGCGUGCAUUCGGGUUAAGUUAACCCCGGAUAAUCUUUACGUGGUUUAUUACUUCGAGGAGUCGCAUAAUCACUCAUUUGUUGUUGAAGAUGAUAGGUACUUGCUUCCUGAAAACAGAGCAAUCAAUUACGUACAGGAAGAAGCCGUGAAUGCUUUGAGUGCCAUAAACGUUGGUCCAGUUAGAGCGUUUAACAUUAUGAGGACUCUUUAUGGAGGUUUUAAUAAGGUAGGUGCCACUAAAGUUGACUUCAAAAACUUCAAGAGAGACUUAAAUAGGUAUAUAGCUGAGUACGAUGCUGACAUGGUUAUCAAACGCCUAAGAAGGAAGAAAGAAUUUAUGCCCAAUUUCUCUAUGGAAUACCUUACAACUGCCGAUGGCGUUUUACGUGCGUUGUUCUGGGCCGAUGGUGAUAUAAAGAGAAAUUUUAAUAUUUUUGGGGAUGUUGUGUCCUUCGAUGCUACUUAUCGUCGUAACAAGUACAAUAUGAUGUUUGUACCUUUUACCGGCGUUGACAAUCACUAUCGUAAUGUUACCUUGGGUGCUGCUAUAAUAGGGAAUGAAACUGCCGAAACAUAUAGCUGGUUGCUUAACGCAUUUCGGUAG